GCAGCCCCUUUAUAGGUUUUAGCGGAGGGAGGAGGAGAGAGCGUGAAGUGGGGGGUGGUGUGUGGAGGAGGAGGCACGGAGCUGGAGCGUGUCGGCGAGAGGUUCAUGUCCAAAAAGGACACUGGAGCAGGCGAGGGCGAGGAGCAUAACGAAAAGGACAGGAGACACUCACACACAGACAAACCAAAAGCAGAGGGAGGAGAGAGAGAGAGAACAUCUCAAAUCUGUACAUCCUGCAGCACUCAAGACUGUUGCACAUCACAACUGGAGGGAAUCAGCAGGGAAAGUAACGUGUGUCACCGAGAGCUUGAGGCUGCUGCAGAGAGGAGCAGAGAUUCGAUCUGAUCUGAUUUAUUUAUUUUUCCCUCUUCUUCCUUCACUAAGUGUCACCGAAGCUUCGCGUCGCUUCUCAUCGUUUCUUGACUCGACUUUUUUUUAACGGGAAAUCCUCGGAGUGCCAAAUGACAGCUAUUUUUAUUACAUCGAAAAAGAAAAAUUCAAACGGCCGCUCUUCGACUGUGGGCAGAAGGAACAAAAAAAUAGGAGAAUAGUUUUAUUUUAAUGUUUUCUUGCGAUCUGGUCCCGAGUCACAGAAAGAGAGCAGCUGGCCGUGGAUUUUGAGUGGAGGGAGAGAGAGGCGCAAACGCACACACACACACAGAUAGAUAUUCAUCCAGACGCUGUGAGAGAGAGUGUGUGUGUGUGCAGCAUGCAAAAUUCUCACCAGCUGCAUCUCAUGAAAUUGGAAGGAACACAUCGCAAGCAUUAAAAGUGGAACAUCGGCGGCGCCGCAGUUUGCAAACGGCUUGGAUUUCACUUGAGGGCGAAAAGGCAGGAAAGAGAGAAAGGGGAAUGAACAGGGAAGAGAAGAUUGUGUACCUUGGACACCGUUUCUGAAGAAAACCCGGAUCGUUGGGUAGCAGAGAGAAAACGGGGAGAAAAGUGUUCGGCAAGACCCCCGCCCCAACUCUGCUCCCCACCUCUGAAGGAUUUAUAAUGCAAGAUGGUGACCGGAGACUUUGCUCUUGUCGUCAAACUCAAUCGCAAUGGGAAAUGAUUCUCGGAGUAAGAUCUGUCGACGCUUUUCACACUGCUGCAGGCUCGUUUGUUUUGCGAGCUGUUAAUCAACAGGUUUAACGCCGUGGUGGUGGGGGGGGGAGGACAUAAAAUAACAUCCUAUUUGUAAGAAAAAAGAGAGGGGCGAGAAAACAAGAGGCUUGGGGGGGAGCAGAGGAAAGGAACAAGUUCUGGGAAUGUACCUGCACACUGUAAUUUUUGCCUUAUUGUGGACUGGAGCGCUGACCUUGAAGAAUUUGAAAUACACGAUCCUGGAAGAGCAGGGACCCGGGACCGUGAUCGGGAACAUCGCCAAAGAUGCCCGGCUGGCGACCAGUCCCGAGCAGAGGAAGGCGAACUUUCGGGUGUUGGAGAAUUCGGCGCCGCAUCUGCUGGACGUGGACCGGGAGAGCGGCUUGCUGUACACCAAGCAGCGGAUCGACCGGGAGGCGGUGUGCAAGCGGGCGCCCAAGUGCCUCGUCUCCCUGGAGGUGUUCGCCAACGACAAGGUGCUCUGCAUGAUCAAGGUGGAGAUCGUGGACAUCAACGACAACGCGCCGAGCUUCGCGAGCGAGCGCAUCGAGGUGGAGAUCCCGGAGAACGCGGCGCCGGGCACGCGCAUCCCGCUGGCGAGCGCGCGCGACCCGGACGCGGGCCCUUUCGGCCUGCAGGGUUACGAGCUGAGCGGCCCGGGCACCGGGCCUUUCGGCCUGGAGGUGAAGUCCCGGGGAGACGGCACCAAGUUCCCGGAGCUGGUGAUCCAGAGGCCGCUGGACCGCGAGCAGCAGCCGCGCCACGUGCUGCAGCUGACGGCGCUGGACGGCGGCGAGCCUCCCAAAUCGGGCACGGUGCAGGUCCUCCUGGAGGUGGUGGACACCAACGACAACAGCCCGGCGUUCGAGGAGCCGAGCCUGACGGUGGAGGUGAGCGAGGACACGCCGGCGGGCACCGUGCUGGCCCGGGUCAACGCCAGCGACCCGGACGAGGGCAGCAACGGCGAGGUGCUCUACUCGUUCAGCCCGUACGUGAGCCCCCGGGUGCGGGAGCUCUUCUCCAUCGAGCCGCGCACCGGCACGCUGCGGCUCCGCUCGCCGCUCGACUACGAGGAGAGCAGCAUCUACGAGAUCGACGUGCAGGCCAAAGACCUGGGCCCGAACUCCAUCCCGGCCCACUGCAAGGUCUCGGUCCGCCUGCUCGACGUCAACGACAACGCGCCCGCCGUCAGCUUCGUGUCGGUGCACCAGGGCCCGGUGAGCGAGGCCGCCCCGCCCGGCACCGUCAUCGCGCUGGUCAAGGUGACCGACCGUGACUUCGGCCGCAACGGCCAGCUGCAGUGCCGCGUGCUGGGCGGGAACGCGGCGCCGUUCCGCCUCGAGGAGAACUACGACAACUUCUACACGGUGCUGACCGAGAGGCCGCUGGACCGCGAGCUCGCCGACCAGUACAACCUGACCAUCGUGGCGCGGGACAACGGCAGCCCGCCGCUCAACGCCAGCCGCUCGUUCACCGUGAGGGUGGCGGACGUCAACGACAACGCGCCGCGCUUCACCAAGCCCGCGUACGUGCUGCAGGUGCCCGAGAACAACAUCCCCGGCGAGUACCUGGGCUCGGUGCUGGCCCACGACCCGGACCUAGGCCAGAACGGCACCGUCUCCUACUCCAUCGUGCCGUCGCGGGUCGGCGACGUCUCCAUCUACACGUACGUGUCGGUCAACCCGUCCAACGGCGCCAUUUACGCCCUGCGCUCCUUCAACUACGAGCGCACCAAGUCGUUCGAGUUCAAGGUGCUGGCCAAGGACUCGGGCAGCCCGCCGUUAGAGAGUAACGCCACCGUCCGGGUCACGGUGCUGGACGUCAACGACAACGCCCCGGUCAUCGUGCUGCCGGUGCUGCAGAACGACACCGCCGAGAUCCACGUGCCCCGCAACGCCGGCCUCGGCUACAUCGUCGCCACCGUUCGGGCCGUCGACAGCGACUACGGCGAGAGCGGCCGCCUCUCCUACGAGAUCGCCGAGGGCAACGAGCAGCACCUCUUCGACAUGGACCCGAGCAGCGGCGAGAUCCGCACGGCCCAGGCCUCCUGGGACGAGCAGGCCCCGAGCGCCGAGCUGGUGGUCCGGGUCAGCGACCACGGGAAGCCGUCCCUGUCGGCGGUGGCCCGCCUGGUCAUCGUGGCCUACCUGGGGGCGGCCCCGAAAGACGAGCACCGGCUGCGGCGGCAGCAGCGGCCCUGGGACAUGUCGCUGCCCCUGAUCGUCACCCUGAGCUCCAUCUCGGUCAUCCUGCUCGCCUCCAUGGUCACCAUCGCCGUCAAGUGCCGCAGGGAGAACAAGGAGAUCCGGACCUACAACUGCCGCAUCGCCGAGUACUCUCACCCUCACCUCGGGGCCAAGGGCAGCAAGAAGAAGAAGAUCAGCAAGAACGACAUCAUGUUGGUGCAGAGCGAAGUGGAGGAGAGGGAUGCCAUGAACGUGGUGAGCAGCCCCUCGCUGGCCUCUUCUCCCGUCUAUUUCGAUUACCAGACCCGCCUGCCUCUCAGCUCCCCUCGCUCUGAAGUCAUGUACCUGAAGCCCACCUCCAACAACCUGACCGUCCCCCAGGGCCAUGUGCUCUGUCACACUUUCUCCGGACAGGGUUCAAAUCCCGGCGACGGGACCUCGACGAGAAUGUCACUGAUUCAGACAGACAAUUUUCCCACAGAGCCCAAUUACAUGGGCAGCAGGCAGCAGUUUGUUCAAAGUAGUUCCACGUUCAAAGAUCCAGAGAGGGUUAGUUUGAGGGACAGUGGACACGGAGACAGUGACCAAGCCGACAGCGAUCAGGAUACUAAUAAAGGUUCCUGCUGUGACAUGUCUGCCAAGGAAGCACUCAAGAUAAAAUCUACAACAACCAAACCCCCAGUCCCUGAACAAGAGAAGGAGGACUGUGUCAACUGUACAGAUGAAUGUCGCAUCUUGGGUCAUUCAGAUAAAUGUUGGAUGCCUCAGUUCCCUGUCUCCAACCAAGCUGAAUGUUCAGAUUAUCGCCGGAAUCUUUUUGUACCGGCAGUGGAAGCCACAGUCGAAUCUGAAACUCCAGAAAGCACGGUUCCUGCUGGGAAAAAAACUUUCUGUACUUUUGGCAAGGACAAACGAGAGCACACCAUUCUUGUUGCAAACGUUAAACCUUAUUUGAAAGCAAAGCGUGCUCUAAGUCCUCUCUUGCAGGAGGUCUCAUCAGCUUCAAGUAGUCCAGACAAGACUUCAGUUGCAGGCAGUAACAGCUCAAGUAAACGACCUAUGGGUGCAUUUGAGGUGAAGCAGAAAAUGGCCAACACAUCGACAGAACCAACUGCCCAAUAUUUACCAACUGAUAGCCACUACCCAUCACCUGACAAACAGCGCGAUAGCCACUUCAUAACACCUGAAGCGGUGGCGACGGUCUUUGCAGAUGUACACUCCAGAGCUGGCCGGGAGUUCAAUGAAGUGGACACUGUCUUGGACCAGUAUGAACCCACCAGCCGGGACCCCGCUCGAGAAGGUGUUGACGCCGAGCAAGUGGUUCGAGAAAUUGACAAGCUUUUACAAGAUUGUCGAGGGAGUGACCCUUCAACUGUGAGAAAGUGAACACUAUUAUUUGUGACGGUUGACUACCUUUCUUCUAAAGGAAGAAUCACUCAAAAGUAUCGAGACAGCAUUUUUUUUUCAGGUGAUGAAGCACCAAUUGCAGAAUACAAGGAAAGAUGAUGCUGGUUAAUGUCUGUGAGUUAGAAUUCAAAGUGUCCAUUUGUGCACGUUUCUUUUUUUGUGUCUAAGGAAGCAGAAAAUACUUGCAUUUUCACCAAAAUACUUGUGAAAAUUUGCUAUGUUUCAUUCGCUGAAUUGACAAUCUUAAAAUGUGCCCUCCUUGAGAUAAGGAAAUAGAAAGUGCAGGUGUUGUCAAGUGGACCAGUGAAUGCAGCUCUGCAUAUUAAAAACGAAUGCUUAACAGAAAACAAUGCAGGGCAGAACUGAUGAGAAACAGAUAUCAGCUUUCCAGUAAACAUUGCAAAUCUUUAAUUCAGAGUGUACAGUUAUUGUCAGCUGAUGUAGGUGUCCUUAUGAAUUAGGUUUAUCUGCAGUAAUCAUUGCACCAUUGAUUGUCAUCACAUAGAAUAUUUCAUUCUGGAUCAUUAUGCAAUGAUGCACAUCUUGAUAUUUUGGAUAAAACCAUUUAAAAAAUUUCUCCAAAAUGGGUUCUACAAACACAACAUUUGCCCCAUGUUCUCAAAACUAACACAAAAGAACUACAAAAUGGUUAUUCUGGAUAUUCUCUAAGCUGUCCUACCAAAGAGUGAUAUUUUAGUGUCCAGUUGUUUAAAUUCCUCCUCCAUUUUAGUCAUCAAAAUGUUGUCACCAUAUUAUUGUCCAAUGGUAAAAUAUAUUGUGUCCCAGAUGAAGAAGUACUGUUCCAUAUUUGUAGAUGGACACUAAAAUGACUCAUUAAGGGGAAUACCUAUUAAGUACAAGCAAAGCAAAACAUAUUGAUGUGCAAAUGUAAGAAUCAUGGAGUGUUUACACUGAAUCUAGCUUUUUAAUUGAUUUAUUGCAAUAUCAGUGCAUAUGAGCCAAACUUGUUAAUUGUACUAAGAGCUAUAUUGUGUAUUUUAUUAAAUUAAUAUAUAGUUGUGUUGCAAAAUAUUUGGGCUUAUAUUGUAUUUGGCAAAUGUUGCCUUAGUAGCUGUCGAACUCUAUGAGUUUACUUUCACAAUUUUCUCCUUUUUCCCUUUGGAACGUGGGAAGCAGUGUACACAAGCAGAUUCUGUUUAACAAGCCAAUGUUGUAUGCUUCAAAGUAACCCUUCAAGUAUAUCAACCAUUCAAAGUAUGGUGACUGAAUUAGAAUUGUGUAUUUGUCAGUAAUAUCUUGGAAUUGUCUCCAUAUUUUGAAAUGAUUCUAUAUUGUUGAGUUUUGUUUUUGUGUGCGCUGCAGUUUAUGUAGAAUUGACCAAUGUCAGGUUAACUCAGCUUGAUAGCUAAAGAGUAACAACACUUUAGUUUCAUAAUUGCUUGUAUAGAGUUGAAAAUUAAGAAAACCAGCUUGAGCUGAAAACUCAAUUGUGAUGCUAUUUAGUCACUUUGCUGCCUCUUCAUUAUUAAGUAACAUUACCGUCCAUUUUCUGUAAAGUGUUUUUCAUUAAGUCCACAUCAACAUAAUAACAACAUAACCUCAACAUUUUAAUUAACAACAAAACAAAAGAAGUAAUGCUGAAUAGCAAUGAGGUAUUUGCACAGCGUCAGUAAGCUGUACUUUCAGGAUAUUUGUUUUCUCAUUUGAGUAGCAGUCACCAAGGUCAACAGCUAGUGCUGAUAGCCAGUGUAAUAUACACCCACUCAUUAUUGUCUAAUUACAUUAUUUUGGCAUCAAGCAACAUUAAUCAGAGUAGUAUUCAGGAGGGACUUUUGCUAUCAAGGUUUGUUGACUUGAAAUGUAAUUGAAUGAGUCCCGAUUGAGGUCCUGACUUUCCCAUCCCCCCCUUGGUCCUUCAGCCGAUGCUCAACAUUUAUCAGUCCCUGUCACCCCAUAGGGCUCAGAGCUACACUGGGCAACUGGUGAGAACAGCAUAUGUUGUAUGGAAUAACUCAACUGCUAUUGUUAAAUGGCUGUGUUUUAAUGUGAUCUAUCUGGAAAAUGAGGACAACGAAUUAAAGAAAUUACUAACAUCACCAA